AUGUCACAUCCAAACAGAGAUUUUGUUUCAAAAGUUUUAAAAACAUUAGGUUUUUGUGAUGAAGAUAUUCAAUAUGGAUUAGACAAUUUGGAUAGACUUUAUAAAUGUGGUAAAGAUAAAGAGUUUACAUUUGCAGAAACCAUGCUUAUGAAACUAUUGAACAAAGGAAUAAAACUUCCCCCAAUAGAUAUCAGAAAAGAUGAUGAUAUUUUUUCAAAUUUUUUAUGUGUUUCAUCUAAAUUUGAAAAAAUUUAUCCACUAUUAAAAGUAGAAGAAGAAGCUAUCAAUGUAGAAAUAAAAGAAGAAGUAAAAGUAGGAAAAGACGAGAAUAUGAUGGGAAAACAUUCAGAGGUAGAAGUAAAGAAAGAAGAAAAGAAAGAAGUAAAGAAAAAAGAAAGUAAAAGUAAAAGUAGAAAAAGAUCAAAUAGAGACAAUUCAAGCUCCAUUUUUGUAUUAAAAAAAGAAACAACUAUCAAUCUUAAUUCUGCAGAAACCCAGGAUGAUGAAUUUAUGGAACUGAACUGA